AUGCUCUUCAAUCUCCCCGACGACAUUAUUCUGGCCAUUCUCCAGAACCUCGAAGCCCCCGACUUAUUGGUUAUUCAACAGACAUGUCGUGGACUACACGAUUUGGCCACUGCAGAUUUCAUCUGGCGUACACUGAAAUUCAACGUGCCGGUUGACCUGCCCGUCGAUCACCGCAACCUUCCCGGGCGUCAAAUACAGCAACGCGCAGUCGACGCGCUGCGCCUCGAGUCAAACUGGAGCCGCAAAGAGUCGAUUGUCAAGCGGUUGACACGCAUCCCACACGUUGGCACUGUGCGGCACCUUCAAUUUCUAGGUCCUUCUUUUAUUGUGGUUCUGUCACAAGCUGUGGGCACCCGUCCCUCGACCAAUCUCUCCAUCCUGCGCGUUCCCGGUCCUGACCAAUCACAAAUCCCGACAUCUAUCCUGUCUAUCGAGUUGCCACACACCAAUCACACCGAAUUUACGGCGUCUUAUUCAAACGAUACGGCGAUAAUCGCAUAUGUGGCAGGAGACCAUCGCGUUAAAUCCCUCCUCCAGGUUCUCUCUAUCCCUCUCCACGAGGUAGAUGACAGCAACCCUCCCGUUCCGACCGUUUUAUAUUCCGAAACGCGGCCGCUUUACGGAGAAAUAUUCUUCGAUCCUCAUAUCUCUGGUUCCAUCGUCGUUGCAGGUUUGGCGAAGCUACCAGACGAGACCGAUAACCCUGGUACAGCGACCGUGUCCUAUCAACUUCUGAUCGUAAAUCAUGCAACUGGUGCCAAUUCCUAUUCCGACAUACCUUUCCAUCAGGACGACUUUGUGCAAUUAAAGCUGUACCGCGAUAUCUUGUAUGUCAUCCGUGCCACUUACAAGGCGAUCUCCAUCACGACACAUGGCCUUCCGAACCUUGAAGACACAGGAUCAGCCUCGGAUAAAGGGAUCAGGACGCUUUCAAGCUACAGGGUUGACGACCUAUCACCUGGUUUUGAAUGGCAAUUGUCCCAGGAACCAACGGACCGCAGCAACCCUCCCCUCCCCCUUUUCAUCUUUCACGACUCUGGCCCAACCAUGAGAAGUGUUAUUUCUCACUACUCUGUCCCAGUCAAGGCCGACAGCAGCGAAGUCCAGCCUCUCUCCCCUAACUACCAGAUCCCAAUGGCCACUGGUGCCGCCCCCGUAUCCCUUUGUCCAGGAGAGUCUGGACACCGAUUAGUUUGGUUGGAGCGGAGGUUCGAUACGCCCGAUUUGAACACCGAGUUUGUGGUAAUGAAAGCGGGCUUUGACAAGGCGAAGGGAGCAACGGUGGCGCCUGUCUGGCCUAACUACGUUGCCCUCCCAUUCCAGCUCCAGUCCAUCCAAACUAUGUACUUUGAGGAGUGCACGGGGAAGAUAUGUAUAGCGUUACAUACAGAAGAGAUCUAUGUCGUAGAACUAUGA